AUGGGUCACCUAAUCAAAUCUGAGUUUACACUCUGGACUGUAGGUAAAUCUAUUUGGAUGUAGUCAGAAAAGGGCGUAAAGUCUACAAAGGAGCACCAACAAAACUUAGCAGUGGUCGCGUUUUCUAGAGGGGGCUGUAACUGCCAAUUCUAGAGCAGAGGUCAGUUCCACAGAAAGGCCGGUCCCGAUUACCUGAGCUGGGUGGAAGCCGUCUCCUCGGGUGGGGUUGGAUGUUCAAAGCGGAUGCUCCCAACUCUGGUUUAUGAGUUCGUCUCCUAGGAGCUCCACUCACACGAGCCAGGGGUCUUCAACAGUCUUUCACUUCAAAGCUACUGGGCGCCCCCAUAAGUCAGGCCCUGGGGGGGCUCUGGUCCGGGGUCGGGCGUCCGGCGUGUUCCUGCGCCCCGCCCCACAAGCAGGGAGGGCGGUGGCCCCGGGACUCGAGGUCGGGAUUCGGGGGGGGGCGCCAGCCCCACAAGUUGAAGGAGCCCCAGGCCUUCGCCAGGAUUUGAGGUCGUCCCCUGAGGCGUGGGGGGCGGCGGAUGUGUACGCGGGCGCGCUCUCAGGCCGCCCCGCGCCGCCGCCUGGGAAAGGCCGCGCACUCCCACAGAGCCGGGUCCCCCGGCGCCCCAUGCAAAUGAGCGCCGGUGCGCCCGCCCACCCCGCGCCUCCGGAAGUCGCGGGCCGGGCGCCCACCCCCCUACCCCCACCCCGUGCUCCCCUCCUGGAGGGCGCAGAGAUGGCGGCUGCGAUGGCUGCGCGGCGCGUGCGGCCCGUGCGGGUGCUGGUGGACAUGGACGGCGUGCUGGCCGACUUCGAGGGGGGCCUCCUGCGGGGCUUCCGCCGCCGCUUCCCCGGGGAACCUCACGUGGCGCUGGAAGAGCGCCGCGGCUUUCUCGCCCGCGAGCAGUACCGAGCCCUGCGGCCGGACCUGGCGGACAAAGUGGCCAGUGUGUAUGAAGCCCCAGGCUUUUUCCUAGACUUGGAGCCUAUCCCUGGAGCCUUGGAAGCCAUGCAGGAGAUGAACAACAUGCAGGACACAGAGGUCUUCAUCUGCUCCAGCCCUCUGCUGAACUAUGAACACUGUGUGGGUGAGAAGUACCGCUGGGUGGAGAAUCACCUGGGGCCUCAGUUUGUGGAACGCAUUAUCCUGACGAGGGACAAGACGGUGGUCUUGGGGGACCUGCUCAUUGAUGACAAGGACACCAUUCGAGGCCAAGAGGAGACCCCAAGCUGGGAGCACAUCUUGUUCACCUGCUGCCACAACCAGCACCUAGCCCUACCCCCAACAAGGAGACGGCUGCUCUCCUGGAGUGACAACUGGAGGGAGAUCAUAGAAAGCAAGCGGGGGGCCAGAACAGUGGAUAGUAGCUGAAGGAAGGGUAGGCAGACCAGCAGGGAACUCCAGUAGAGCUGAAUGACAGGGCAGUGCCAUGGCGGUAGCCCCCAGCACCACGGAGCAGGGAGACACAGUGACCUCCGUCCUCACAAGCCAGCCACCUGCAACCCAACAAGAUGGCUGGCAAGGAAACAUGGUGGGAAUAUCACUCAGGAACCUUUCUAAUAAAACACUUUUGCUCA